AUGGGAGCCCUGUGUAGCUGCUGCAGACGACGGCGUGGCGGUCGGCCCACCGUCCCCAAGCGCGCAGAGCGUGAGAAAUUGCCGCUGCUCACGAACGCCGAAUGGCAACACAUGAUCAGAUUCCACGCCUCCAUCUGCUACAAACAUCAGGAAUUGGGCUGCACCCGUCGCGACCUCACCGUCCUUUGGAGCCGCCACUUCGACCACUUCCUCGUCAGCUUCGUACUCGAGUACUACUUCGGGCACGGAGUUGAGGGUGUCCACGUCCGCGAAUUCGCAAAGUUCUUCGUUAACAUCACGCGCGGCUCCAUCGACGAGAAGGCAGAGAUCUUCCGGAAAGUGCUGGCUCCGUGGGACCCGGAUCCCAAGUUCGCGCCGUCCGACAUCUACCUGUUCGUGGUGAGCGUGGUGCGGUCCUACCUGAAGCACGAGAUGCACGGCGAAGGCGUCAGGCCCACCUCGUGGCGCAACGUGCACUGCCCCCAGCACGACAACGCCAUGCAGAUGCUCGCAGAGUCCCUCUGCUUCCAGGUCAUUACGGACCGCACCUUCGUGACGCUGACUGAGCUGGAGCACUGGAUCGUGACAUGGCCUGCGCGCUUCUCCUUCUUCCUGUCCAGCGUGCUGGCCGAUAUGUUCGACAUGGAGGCGGACAUCUUCUCGGGCAACGAGGAUAUCUCCACGUCGCUGCUGCCGCUCUGCGUCAUGCACGCCAGCACAGCUCAGCGCGGUGUGGCCGGUCCUCCAGAAGCAGGCAUGCCCACAGGCAGGCACCGCACGUUCCCGUCCGUGGUGGACGUGCCGUCCGUGGUGCACGUGAACAUGUCGCUGCCGCGGCCGCUGCGCACCCAGUGGCGGCUGCUCUUCACCACCGUCGAGCACGGCGUCAGCUACACCAAGCUGGUGGAGCGCAUCGCCAACAAGGGACCCACAGUGCUCAUCGUGCAGGACGCCACCGAGCACGUCUUCGGCGGCUUCGCCUCGGACAGCUGGGACUACUCCGACAGCUUCCGCGGGGACUUCACCUGCUUCCUUUUCACGCUGAGCCCGCGGAUGCGCGUUUACGAGUCGUCGGGCCGCAACAACCGCUACCAGCAGUUGACGAUGGCGGGCCUGGGGCUGGGCGGCUCACCCGGCUACCACGGGCUGUUCGUGGCGGGCGACCUGGCGCGCGGGCACUCGAGCGCGCGCUGUCCCACCUUUCGUGACUACCGGCCGCUGUCGUCCGAGCGCGACUUCCACGUGGUGCGGCUGGAGGUGUGGGGCGUGGGGCCGACGCCACAGAAGCAGCGGGCGACACGCGCCGGCCAUGUCAAGCCGCCCGUCAGCCUCGUCUGCGACCCCGACACCCACUCCUCCAUCGGCAGGUCAAACCUGGACGCGCCGAGUUUGCUGACGAUGGCAGGAGUGCGACGGUACAGCGACGGGUUGCGAAGAGGUGUCGGUCGGGAAACUAUACAGCAAUUGUACAACACCGGACAACUGGACGACCUGGAAGAAGACGAAGGCGACUCGAUGGAGUCCGUCACCGAGUGGGUGCACAUCUCGUGA